ACAGAAACAGCCUCCGCCAGUCAAGAAACCCUCUGCAGCCUUUCGCCAUGGAUCUAGAAGACGAAGAAAACCUGAGUUCCAGCAGCACAGAGGCUAAGGACAGCGGCAGCGCGGGCCGCGGGCCCCCCGGGGACGGCAGCGGCACGCCGGGGCUGGCCGAUGGCUGCCCGCUCCCCAACGGGGGCGGCGGGUCCGCCGGCAGGAAGCGGCCCCUGGACGAGGGCAGCAACGGGCACGCCAAGUUCCGCCUGAAGAAGAGGAGGAGGGCGCCGGGGCCGGCGCUGCCCAAGAACGCGCUGAUGCAGCUGAACGAGAUCAAGCCCGGCCUGCAGUACUCGCUGCUGUCCCAGACGGGGCCCGUGCACGCGCCGCUCUUCGUCAUGUCCGUGGAGGUGAACGGGCAGGUGUUCGAGGGCUCUGGCCCCACCAAGAAGAAGGCCAAGCUGCACGCCGCUGAGAAGGCCCUGCGCUCCUUCGUCCAGUUCCCCAACGCCUCCGAGGCCCACCUGGCCAUGGGGCGGAGCCUGUCCGCCAACGCGGACUUCACGUCCGACCAAGCCGACUUCCCCGACACGCUCUUCAACGGCUUCGAGACGCCGGACAGGUCGGACGUGCCGUUCUUCAUGGGCUCCAACGGCGACGACUCCUUCAGCUCCAGCGGGGACCUCAGCCUGUCAGCGUCCCCGGUGCCCGCCAGCCUCGUGCAGCCCCCGCUCCCGGCCCUGCCGCCCUUCCCCCUGCCCAGCGGGAAGAACCCCGUGAUGAUCCUGAACGAGCUGCGCCCGGGCCUGAAGUAUGACUUCCUCUCGGAGAGCGGGGAGAGCCACGCCAAGAACUUUGUCAUGUCCGUGGUGGUGGACGGCCAGUUCUUCGAAGGCUCGGGAAGGAACAAAAAGCUCGCCAAGGCCCGGGCCGCGCAGUCCGCCCUGGCCGCCGUCUUCAACCUGCACCUGGAUCAGACGCCAUCGCGCCAGCCCAUCCUCAGCGAGGGCCUCCAGUUGCACCUACCCCAGGUGUUAGCGGAUGCUGUGGCCCGCCUGGUUCUGGAUAAGUUUGGGGACCUGACGGACAACUUCUCCUCCCCCCAUGCACGCAGGAAGGUUCUUGCUGGGAUCGUCAUGACGACAGGCACAGAUGUUAAAGACGCCAAGGUGAUCUGUGUUUCCACGGGAACGAAAUGUAUUAACGGCGAGUACAUGAGUGACCGUGGCCUUGCUUUGAAUGACUGCCACGCAGAGAUCAUAUCUCGGAGGUCCUUGCUUAGAUUCCUUUAUACGCAGCUUGAGCUUUACCUAAACAACAAAGAUGAUCAAAAAAAGUCCAUCUUCCAGAAGUCUGAGCGGGGAGGCUUUAAGCUGAAGGACAGCGUCCAAUUCCAUCUGUACAUCAGCACCUCGCCCUGCGGGGACGCCAGAAUCUUCUCUCCGCACGAGCCCAUCCUGGAAGAACCCGCAGACAGACACCCGAACCGCAAAGCCCGAGGCCAGCUGCGGACGAAGAUAGAAUCCGGGGAGGGGACCAUCCCCGUGCGCUCUAACGCCAGCAUCCAGACGUGGGACGGGGUGCUGCAGGGGGAGAGGCUGCUCACCAUGUCCUGCAGCGACAAGAUGGCACGGUGGAACGUGGUGGGCAUCCAGGGCUCCCUGCUCAGCAUCUUCGUGGAGCCGAUCUACUUCUCCAGCAUCAUCCUGGGCAGCCUCUACCACGGGGACCACCUCUCCAGAGCCAUGUACCAGCGGAUCUCGAACAUAGAAGACCUGCCCGCCCUGUACACCCUCAACAAGCCUCUGCUCAGCGGCAUCAGCAACGCAGAAGCGCGGCAGCCGGGGAAGGCACCCAACUUCAGCGUCAACUGGACGGUGGGCGACGCGGCCGUCGAGGUCAUCAACGCCACGACGGGCAAGGACGAGCUGGGCCGAGCAUCGCGCCUGUGUAAGCACGCGUUGUACUGUCGCUGGAUGCGUGUGCACGGCAAGGUCCCCUCCCACUUACUGCGCUCCCGGAUCACCAAACCCAACAUGUACCAUGAGUCCAAGCUGGUGGCGAAGGAGUACCAGGCGGCCAAGGCCUGCCUGUUCCAGGCGUUCGUCAAGGCCGGGCUGGGCGCCUGGGUGGAGAAGCCCACGGAGCAGGACCAGUUCUCGCUCACGCCCUGACCACCCUGACCGCCGGCGUGGACGCGGGGGUGCCCGGUGUCGGCCCUGUCCCCAGAACCUCCCGUCUGCAGCGGGGACGGGGUGGGGUGGCCAGGGUGGGGCGGGGUGGCCAGGCUGGGGCCGCCCUCGGGCCCCUCUGUGGCAGCACCCUGUCCCCGCCCAGUUGCUGGUGACGGCGUUCAGUCUCAGUUUACGAUAGACAUCGAGUUCUACCAAGUAGGGCUUCCUGAAGCUUAGGAAAUAGCAAUUACUUUGUGUGAAAUUCUUGAAUAAAUAAUUUAUUCAGAGCUAGGAACGUGAUUUAUAAAAUAAGAAUUAUGUCAGGUCACCCUUAUGCCACAUUAUUUUAAUUGCAAAAAGAGCAUUUAUAUAUAUUAUAUAUAUGUGUGUGUGUGCGUGUGCGUGUGCAGGAACAGAGGAGGAAGAGGCAGGACGUGCUCACCUAAAGGAAGUCCCCGGGGCACACUUCCCUGCAGUACUGCUCCCUGCUGGCAGGCCCUUGGCCUGCUGCAGGGAUGGCCCCGCGGCGUCCGGCCAGGUCCCUGUAGCGUCCGUGCUUCCAGAAGCUUCUGUGCCCCUCGCAGGACCACAUCCCAGACACCUUUUCUUAGUUGCUUCUGAAUAACCGGAUAUCAGUGUGGCAUUCCCUUGAGUUCUGAAACUGUUUAACCCAGGGGGCUAGCGGGCAGGUGUCGGGCCACCGCACAAUAAUCAGCCUGACCCUGCCCCUCCCUCGGGGCCCGGCGGACAGAGGUCUUCAUGGGACCAAACAAGAAUUAAGUCAUAGACGUUCAUUUUGGAAAACACCACUUAAGACAUAUUUCUAAAUUAUUCUUUCCAGCUUUAUCAAAGACAUGUUUGAAAAACAAGUAUUCAGGCUGAAAGCUGGUAACAUAGCAGGCUGCAGGCGUGGUCGUGGCAGAGAGGGGGUGCUGCUGGCAUCUGGGGGGGCGGCCAGGGGCUUUGCCCAACACCCUACAGCACAGAGGACAGCCAGGGCAGCUGAGCGAGGGGGUCAGGUAGGUCGAGGCCCGGGCACCGCCCGGCCUGUGCUUGGAGACCGGGACCAGCUACUGGUCAUUUCCACUCGGGGCCAGAGCGGAGCGGACGGAGGGCGCGCUCCCACCUCUGGCUGAUUUAUGGCUGUGCGGGGUCCCACGGUGCCAGGAGCAGAGACGGACACCCCCCACCCUGCAGCAAAGCCCAGGGUGUCGCCUGUGCGUCAUCAAGGUGUGCACCUGGUGUCCUGUGUCCUCUAUGGCCCAGAAUGUGAGGAGCAGGAGCAGAGCUUGGAGCCUACAGUGGUCACAUCGAAGGGGGUGCUUCCUGGUCGCUCAGGCCUGGGACCCACUGGCCUGCCCCCGUCGAGUGGGCUGUGGUGUAGGUGCCACGCACUGGCGUUCUCUCCCCGUCACAGGACGGGUGUCUGGGGGUGCCGGCCCCUCCCCAGAGCAGGCUCUCCGUGCCCAGAAGAAAAUUGUGAGAGGCCCUGUGUUUUUAUUCUUCUCUCUAAAAAUGGUAUUUUUUCUAAUGGGGAUUGGGAGAUGGACUUAGUUUUUAAAAAAGGCAUGGAUUUUGAUGACAAUGCCCAGUGGAAAUGCAUUCCAUGGACACGUACUGUCCCAUGUGUCUGGCCCUCCCUUCUGUCAGGAAGGGUUGACGUCAGCAGGGGUCUCCCUCCAGCCCCAGGUGACCGGGUGCCCUACCAUGUCGGUCCCCAUGGCCCCCGAGCUGUGCGCCUUUCCUGGGCUGUGUUUGUGAGACCCGCCAGGGCAGGGCGGUGCUCUGAAAGCACCCAGGUCUGACCUGUGGUUGCCGGGGAGGAAGGUGGGAGGUUGGGGUGGGCGGCGGCCAGGGGGCCUGCACAGGACAGUCUGCCUCCGGGUGGGGCAGCCGAGCACUCGUGGGAGAGCAGGGCGGGGAGGGCCGAUCACCUCCUGCAGGAGACAAAGCAGGACACCCAGCACUUUCAACCGCCCCUUCCUCCUGAGCUCGCCGUGCGUGAGACACACAGCCCGUGUGCUCGGGCGUUAAUCUGCACGUGACGCCCUCCGCCUGGACUGUAGAGGAGACUUCACAGACAAGUUGCAACAACCAGGGCCUUGGCUUUUUGAGAAAAAUGUUAAGUGUGAGGACCCCUGGUGAGCAAGGGUCAGGAGGGGCUCCGCUCUCUUGUGUCAGCCACCCCUGGAGUGUCGGCCCCAUGGGGACGCUGGCCACUGUCCACCCCAGGCCGCCGGGCAGCUAUCCUGCUGGCAGGGAGGCGGCAUGAAGAGAAGGCUCAGUUGGGGGGGGCAUGUGUGGGACGGGAGCUGGGCUCCCCCAGGUCGGCUGAGGCCAGGGGACGUGUCCCAGCCGCAUGGCUCGGCCCCACCCCCACUCCCGCUCAGGGUCCGCGUUCGCCUGCUCUCAGACACGGACACCAAAGAGCUGCAGUUCUGAUUCUGGGUCUUAAUUCCACGUUUCACCCUCUUUUCCUGCUUUGGAGAUUUGUAUUGUGAUCAAAACGAUUAUUUUAAAGUGUCCAAGCCAACAUCUCACAAGGUGUUGAUUUCUCUGGAGUUUAGUUUUGUUCAGAUACUGUCCCUGGUCUGCAGGCGGUAGGACCCCUCUGUAGAGACAGCGCUUCCCGGAGCACCAGGCGGUCUCACCGCGGGGGCAGCUCCCGCCCCGCCCGGCGCUGGUCUGAGGGUCUGAGAGCGGGGCCAGGGCCUGCUGUGCCGAGGCGGCGAGCUCCUGUCCUCGUGAGAACCCAAACCAAAAUACAACUCGGGUGCAUCUUCUCAUUUCUAAAAUACCCACACCAAAAUAUAAGGUCUGCCCCAGACGUACGUCCAUCUGAUCCAGCAAGCAAGAAAAUUAGCGGGCUUCUCCAUCUGUGAACUCUGUGAAAUCUCUCCAAAGAUUUCUUCUCACCACCCUAACUGUAUCAAUGGGGAAGGGCGGAGUCCGUGUGACCGUGUGUGUCCAGUUUUGUGUGUCCUUGUCCCUGGUGUGUCCUGUGGCCCCUCUCCGUGGCCCGAGGCCAGCCCACAGCACACAGUAUGUCCACACACAGCGGGAGGGAGCGGAGGUAUCAGGGCCUGACCUGACGGUGACUUGGCACCCUGUUCUGGCGACAUGGGCUGCACGUCCCUGCUCAUGGCUGGGGCUCCAGCGCGGGCUGACAGGGCACGGGGGACUGAGGGUGUCCUUCUGGAUGUGACCGUGAACAGCUCACCCCGUGGCAUGUCCAUGGGGUGAGCCCUGAAAGCCGUCGGCCUCUCUGGACUCGAGGUCGUCUGCUCCUGAUCUGACACUUCCGAGUGUGGACACUGUGUGAACGUCGUUCAGCCAGGAAACCGCCGCUGAGACGUGCUCCUCCGUGUUCCCGUUUGUAUAUUGAUGUAUAUACCACAUGUCACCACCCGCAUGAGCUCCUCACGCACCGAGACCGGCGGGGCCGAGCAUGAGACGCUGUCACGUAGACCAGGGAUUUGCCAUGUCCUCAAUAAAGCAAGGCCUUUCACUACCA